AUGGGGAACGUACCCUCUUCACCUAAAGUUACGGCACAAGACAAAGCAAUUCUUCAGCUUAAGCUUCAGCGAGAUAAACUUCACAAGGCCUCGACUAAAAUACAGGUGAUCGCUAGAAAGGAGAAUCAGAUAGCGAGACAAUCCAUUCGAGAUGGAAACAGACGAAGAGCUUUGCUUGCGUUAAAGAAGCGCAAAUAUCAGAAAAAUUUAUUGGAUACGAUAGAGAAGCAGUCUGAUACCCUAGAGACCUUGAUUAGUACGAUAGAAUUCAAACUAAUAGAGAAAGAUGUGGUUUACGGGCUACAGCAAGGUAACAAUGUGUUGAAGGAAAUCAACAGCGAGCUUUCUAUAGAAAAAGUUGAUAAGAUUAUGGGUGACUCUGAAGAAGGUAUCAUGUAUCAAGAAGAGUUGAGCAGAAGACUUGGCCAGGUGAUGCCAAGAGCGUUAGAUGAGGAAGUUGACCAGGAGUUGGAUGCUAUGGAAAGGGAAGAGAAUCUGAAAGAAGAGGCACGUGCGCCUGGUUCACUUGUUCCACAGCUUCCAGAGGUUCCUCGUACUCAAAUCAAAGAUGAGCAUGCAGAGGAAGAUCAUGAAGAAGCGGUAGAAGCCCCGAGGGCUCAACUACUCUCGGCAUAA